GUCCCGCCUCUUCCGCUCCUCGUCUUGACCUUCCUGCCGCGGCCCGCGCGUGACCCGACUGUGUCGCUUCCUGGUGGUUCGACCCGGCCGGAGACCCUCGCGACAUCAUGGUGGCCUACUGGCGACAGGCAGGGCUCAGCUACAUCCGCUACUCCCAGAUCUGUGCCAAAGCUGUACGGGAUGCCCUGAAGACAGAGUUCAAGGCCAACGCUGAGAAGACAGCAGGCAGCAGCGUGAAAAUUGUGAAAGUGAAAAAGGAAUGAGAGAGCCUGACAAAAGCUUGAAAUGCAGCUGUUUACCAGGCUGAAGAUUAUUGAGCACCUGAUGUCUCGAUUGGAAGCAAUUUGGUUCCUUUA